UAGGCCCAUAUAUUUUGAUUACAUGCGGCUUUUUGCUUUUCUAUUUUUUUUUUCUCAGCCGUGCAGCGUACUGCAGGCGUACAGGGACGCACAAACGCAUGCUCGCUUCGUGCGUGAUGGCGGCCACGUGAUUAUCUUGCUCUGCACUCUUUUCUUGCCGCCUGGCUUUCGUUUUCGAAGCCGGAUACGUUCGCGUUCUUCAACACCUUUUUGCCCCAAAACGAAGAAGCCCCUGCCACGCGAGUGGUUCCUUUGGUGCCUGGAACGCGGCAAGAUGUUUGUCGACGGCUUCUGCUGCUGCUUGAACAUCGGCAAAUGGAAACUGCGGAGGGGAGCUGGGGGCCUUGGGCGCCAGGUGAAAGCAUGUAGGUUUCCUAGAAUAGUUACCGGAGGCAACUCUGGCGCUGCGAUCACGGGAAUGAUGCAAGCGACCAGAAGGAAUGCUUCCGCGGUGUCGGCCGCUGCACAGUUCGUGCUAGGCGAGCAAGAUGACUUGGAAGGCGCGAAUGCCAUCGAGCUGAUGCACGACCACCCACGCCUCCUCGAAAUUGUGAUGGAAGGUGCUGACGUCACUAAGACCGGAGCCAAGAAAAUGAUCAGCAACACCCUCCUGCGAGCCCACCGCUGUAGCCUUGACGAGUUCAUGAGAAUGGCAGGCGUCGUAAAGGAGAGGGUGGAGUGCCUUCGUCAUCCCGACGACAGGCAUCAGCUCACUGACAUUGGCUACGACUGCUGGCUGCACAUUCGCAGUUUCCUGAAGAUAGGGGACGUUCUCAACAUUUAGCCUGUAUCGGUCAAUGAAACCGUCUUAUGGGAUAUUGAAUGCGAUUAGCGUAGCGUAAAUAAAAUACAUAAUAUUCUUCUGAGUAGAGGUUUGCUUAGUCUCCGUAUGAGUGAUCCCCAAGGAAUAAAAUAAAUGUUUUGUGAAUGAG